CAAUGAAAAGUGAGACGUCAGAAUCACAUGCUACAGCACAACAAUAAUACGGAACUCUAGGGCAUGAUUCGAGGCAUUUUUGCCAUCCUGCUUGGGUGAAAUCAUGACAUUUUUAGCCGGUUUGGUCUCUUUUCUUGUUUGCGUUUACUCUAAUAGAGUGGCAGGUGAAAAUGAGCCAAUUCAGACGUUUGUAAUCCCUCAUAGCCACAUGGAUGUUGGCUGGGUUUACACGAUUCAGGAGAGUAUGCACGCCUAUGCUGCUAAUGUGUACACCAGUGUGACUGAGGAGCUAUCAAAAGCUAAAGAUCGCAGGUUCAUCGCUGUGGAGCAAGAAUUUUUCCGAUUGUGGUGGGACACUGUGGCCACAGACUCCAAUAAGAAACAAGUAAGACAGCUCGUAAAAGAGGGUCGACUGGAGUUCAUCAUCGGGGGCCAGGUGAUGCACGAUGAGGCUGUAACUGAUCUAGAUGAUGAGAUAUUACAGAUGACAGAGGGACAUGGCUUCCUCUAUGAGACGUUUGGGGUUAGGCCUCAGUUUUCCUGGCAUGUGGAUCCAUUUGGAGCUUCGGCCACCACGCCAGUCCUGUUCGCUCUGGCUGGGUUUAAUGCCCACCUCAUCUCCCGCAUUGACUAUGACCUUAAAGACACAAUGCAGAAAAGCAAGAAACUGCAGUUUGUAUGGAGAGGCUCUCCAUCUCUUAAAGAGAAGCAACAGCUCUUCACUCACACGAUGGACCAGUUUAGCUACUGUACCCCAUCAUACCUGCCAUUCUCCAACAGCUCUGGUUUCUACUGGAAUGGAGUUGCCUUGUUUCCUGAUCCCCCUAAAGAUGGGAUUUACCCCAACAUGAGCCUCCCUGUUACCAAGGAGACCCUUCACGCCUAUGCCAAGACGAUGGUGGAGAACAUCAAACAGAGGGCGGCCUGGUUCAGGACGAACCAUGUGCUUUGGCCCUGGGGCUGUGACAAACAGUUCUACAACUCCUCCGUCCAGUUCAACAACAUGGAUCCUUUAAUGAAAUACAUCAACCAGAACAGUAAAGAGUUUGGGGUGAUGGUGCAGUAUGCCACUCUGAGUGAAUACUUCAAAGCCGUCUACCAAUCAAAUCUAACCUGGGAGCUGCGGGGGAGUGAAGAUUUUCUGCCUUAUUCCACUGAGUCACACCAGGCGUGGACAGGGUUUUACGCCUCCAGAAAUGUGCUAAAAGGAGUCGCCAGGCAGGCAAGCUCCCAGCUUCAUGCAGCAGAAACUCUUUUUACCAGAUACAGAAUCAGCUUCCCUGAUGGGCCAGUGGCUAAAAACUGGGCUCUGGAAAAACUAAGAGCACUUCGCUGGGCUGUCUCAGAGGUCCAACACCAUGAUGGCAUCACUGGCACAGAGUCCCCCAAAGUGGCGGACAUGUACCUGCAGCACCUUACGCAGGCCAUGAUGGGAGUAGAGGAGCUUUUAGCUGCACUCUUCCUGCUGCCUCAUAACCUCGAACUACCCAGCGUCCUUGGCAGCCGCUAUCACAAAAAAGGCAUUCAUCAGCCACUGGAGCAACAUGUCAUCGUCUACAACCCGUUAGCUUGGAACAUCACCUCUAUCAUCAACAUCACUGCAACUUUCCCCUCUGCAGCCGUCUUUGACGAUGACGGACAUCCUGUUCCCGCACAGAUUCAGAGGUCAGCAAUGUCCAAUGACACCUACGAUCUUUUCAUUGUGGUUGAGCUUGGAGGCCUGCAGCACAGGAAAUACCUGAUCAAGUUCUCCGAGAAGAAAUGUUCAAGGAGAUCCAAAUGCGGGUGGACUUAUGAAGCUAAAGCGGUUCAGUUUGAGAGACGAUUCACUGACGACUCGUUAGAAACGGGGAGGAGGCUCCUGCCUGUUCUGAGUGAAUGUUACAAGCUGAUGUUUGACCAGGAUACAAAUCUACUACACAGCAUCACGUAUCUUCCUGAGAAAAGGACUGUGAGAAUGACUCAGGAUUUUUGGGAGUACCAUGCCAAUGGAGAUGUAAAAGCAGGUCCAAUCUCUGACAACUACAUCUUCAGCGCUAACGGUUCAGCCGUGCAGGCGUACGAAGCCGUGGAAAUGGAGAUCAUCCCCGGAAAGAUCAUGACAGAAAUCAGACAGCUCUUCUACAGAGAGAAAAGUGAUAAAGACUAUGCCUACUCCAUCACCACCCGUGUCCCAGAAUGCUUUGAGAGCAGGCUUCGGUGUCACAGGCUGGAGCAGACUUAUUCUCUGGGUCCUCUACGUCUCAACACGGAGAUUGUCCUCCGAAGCAGCUCCUCGUUGAAGAACAACAGGACACUGUACACGGAUGAUAAUGGCUAUCAGAUGAUGAAGAGGCCAUACAGGAAGUUCAUUAAUAACACCUUAGCUCGAAACUACUUCCCCAUGGUUCGGGCAGCCUACAUCCAGGACGACAUCAGCAGACUGGUUCUGGUUAGUGACAGAGCUCACGGCGUGUCCAGUCAAGCUAAUGGACAACUAGAGGUCAUGCUACAUCGCCGUCUUUGGAACAAUCUACCCUGGAACCUCGGCUACAACCUGACCCUGAAUGACAGCUCAGUGGUAAAGCCCACUCUGUGGAUGAUGCUAGGCUCCAUUAGUACCACCUCCAAGCACUACCAGAGAGAGGGGAUUGAGCUGCAGCACAGGCCUGUCAUCAUGCCCAUUGACCAACCACUUGUUAUUUCAGAGAGGCCCUGGAAGGAGAAGGAACCAAAAGGUUUUCCUGUGAGCUCUGUGGUCCUGCCACCAAACCUGCACCUGCUCAGCUUCAGCAUCCCAGGAUGGAACUACAGCUCCAACCACAAUGUUCACCUCAGCAAUGUCCACUCAGGCCAAGAUUUGCACUCAGAGCCAGACUACGAUCGGAUCCUGUUGAGAAUCAUGCAUCUCUUUGAGGAGGGAGAAGACCCUAAGCUCUCAAAGCCAGUCACAAUAAACAUGAAGGAAGUUCUGCGGGGCAUAGGGGAAGUAAAAGUGCUGGAGGAGCGAUCUCUAACAGGAACCUGGGACAUCAACAGUCUAAAGAGGUGGAAGUGGAACACGAUGGAUAAUUUAAACACAAACGACAGGAGCUGUUCUAGCUGUGGAAACGAUGCCUUCACUGUCACCAUCUCACCCAAAGAGAUCAGGACUUUUUUUGUUCACUUUGCCACAAAGAAUUUUUAGGCUGAGCUGUUUUUUUGUCUUCUGUGAAGACCUUUAGAUGCACUAUCACAAUGCUUUUAAAUUUCCGCCUUUGCUGCACUCUUUAUUAAUGCAGUUUUUUGCACAUGUAAUAUUUUGGAAAGCACUGGUGUGUUGACAAGGUGUAAGAGUUCCCACUUUAAGUCCCUGUGACUCUCACACCACAAGGUUAAUUUUUCAUAUUGUCGUUAGAAUUUCUGAUUUUAUUUGCACAUGCCAAUCAACAGCGUGGUGAAGUUUGUCUUAUGUUGGGGAUUUGAAUUCUCUCAGUGAUGAUAAAAUUCAAACCUGAUGAUCCAUUCAUUCCUGUGAAAGCUGCUUCGACAUUUAAAAGUGCCAUGGAUGCCUUGGACAUACUUGCUUCUUUUUCAAUUUUUGAUUUAUCACCAUAGAAAGGGUUUGAAGGAGAAAAGUAAGCCUAAAUAAAACUGACUGAAACCUACAAAACCACUAUAAAACAUAAAGAAAUAAAGAUUGUUUUUUUUUAAGUCUCUAAA